AUGCAAAGUAGUGAGGGACGGCCUGGGUACGGCCAGAAUGGCCUCGAGGACCGCCUACGGAAUCUGAUUCUUACCAACGCGCCACCUGGAACCAGUCCAGCUCCGUUCCCCGACUCCCCACGAACGAGCGCGUCUCUCCCUGGCGGCGCCGUGCCUGCGCAGGGUGCAGCGCAAGCCGUUGCCCACGACAACUCUUCUUCAUCUCAAGCUGUUGAUGCAAAGCCCAUGGGUUCCCCCAAGGUGGCCAGAAAGCGUCCGAACCAAGCCCAACGGCGCCAAAUGAACGCUCAGUUGUCUAUUCCCAUCGACCCUCGACCUUCGCCGCCCACCCAUUACGGAAGACCUUUCUCCGGGUCUCCAGGCCAUUCAUCUCAUCCACCCGGCUUUCAUCACAAUGCAGGUAGAUCUCAUCAGACGCAAUCUCACCAUGGCCCGGGUCAGACUCAAGGCCAUUAUGGCGGGAUGCCACCUCACACACCUAAGCAUAAUGGACCACGUCACCCCGCAAACCUUGACGUAUCUCGAUACCAUCAUCAUGAUCAGCCUCACUUCUCACCCCGGCAAGAUAGUGCGUCUCCUCGAUACCCACGCAACCCUCAUGGUACCUUGUAUAGCCCACGUGGCUCACACCAUCAGGUUCGACCUGAGGAGCUGGAGAACCAAGCAGCUUAUCUGGAAGGGUUGUGCAAUACCCUCGUCGCCGGAGCUGAAAUCGAGCGCGAAGAGAUUGCCGAAAAGGAGAACUUUAGGCUCAAGAUCGAGCAAGUCUGUCGCGCCGCCGUUGCUGAGUACGAAAUGAAUCAGAACGGCGCCGAGAACUUCCAUCCCCUGUCUGUAGAGCUCAAGUGUUUUGGCAGCCUUUCCUCCGGUUUUGCUACUAAGGCUUCCGAUAUGGAUCUCGGUCUCGUAUCGCCCUUAUCUCAACCCCAGCCAGAUGCCGCGGGUUCUCCGAUUCCCAGGCUUAUCGAAAAGGCGUUUCUCGAUCUCGGCCUUGGUGCCCGCCUCCUGACUCGGACAAGAGUACCAAUCAUUAAGCUCUGUGAGAAGCCGCCUGAGAAUCUUCGACUUGAUCUAUUGGAGGAGCGCGACAAAUGGGAGAAAGGCAUUGUCGAUGCUGAUCAUGGAGAUGCAGAAAACGAAGAAGAUCUCGUAGACAGCGAGGCUACUCAUGCCAAGGAGAUUACCGAUGAUGUGGCGUAUGACCCAGCUGGCCACAAGACCGAUAUCCAUUCCUCACCUCUUACUGGCUCUGCCGAAGCGAAAGCACUCAACCUUCGCCAGUCAGAUAACAUGUCUCUUCCCGCUUACUAUAAUGUUGCAAAGCGAAUGCUGAGAAAGCUGGGAGGUCGCGAUAUUACCGUAUCUAAUUGUCGCGAGCUCACGGAGAGUGACUAUGCGCUGCUCAACAAUGUGUGUGAAGCAUUCUUCUGUGGGCUUCGCAAUAUGGAGCUCAAGAGCAGACUAUCAACUUAUCUUUCCCUUUCUUUCAAACCACUCCCUAACGUCCCCAACUACCGUUCAUUAGCAGGCGUUUACGCACAAAUGGAGGGCGAAAGAAUUGUCAUGCUUUGCGAGGCAGAUGUCGCCAUUGCGGGCCCAGAGGAUACGGAGGACUCAACUCGCAUGCUCAUAUCCGCCUGGAAAACACUCCAAGAUCAACCACACUUUGGCGUUGAGCCACUGACGUACACCAAACAGUUGCAGCUACACUUAGAGAAGAUGAGGAAGCUGCCAACUGCUCAGCUGCUUACACUUGAGCAGAGUCAGCACGAGGCUGCAGGUGCUUAUCACGCCAGGACGUUGAAAAUAGUAUCGCAACUUCGACCUCGGGAAGCCAACAACCUGAACGCUGCCAAAAGUCUCAUCAUCGACAGAUACACAGCCGGUAUCUGGACCAACACUAUUCGCGACCAUGUGCGAGAAUUCAUUGAGACGACCCCCGGGAGCCUCAGUAUCCCAGCGGUUGCGCGUCGCCACAAAAGUCUCCAGCUGGCGUCGGAGCUGGAAAAAGCUUUGGACCAUCACUUGUACGAGUCUCGCCUCGAGAGCGACAUCAGAGAGUACAUUUCAUAUCUCCGCGGCCCUAUGCGUCAGAGCAAUGCGGAAGAUCCUCACUAUGACUACGUCAUCCCCGUUACGAAGCAGAACAUCGAAACUAUCAAGAGAAUGCGAGAGCUCAAAGACCCUGCAAAGAUGUCUGUCAACCAGCCUCGCGAUCCGUACAGAGACAAGCUCGAGUUCCCUAAGAGUGGUGUGGGCGUUCAAUGCGAUAUCAACUUCUCUGCCCAUCUUGCCUUACAAAACACUCUCCUGCUACGCUGCUACUCUCACACCGACCCCCGUGUUCGGCCUCUAGUCCUUUUCAUCAAGCACUGGGCCAAGGUCCGUGGCAUCAACACCCCUUACCGCGGCACCCUCAGUAGCUACGGCUACGUCCUCAUGAUGCUUCACUACCUAGUCAACGUUGUCCAGCCUUUCGUCUGCCCUAACCUGCAGCAGCUUGGGCCUCCGCCGCCUCCCGAAGGUAUGUCUCCGACAGGGCUAGACGAUACUAUUAUGUGCCGUGGUCACUUUGUCGGUUUCUGGCGGGAUGAAGCCGAGAUUCGCCGCCUCGCGCAGAUGAAUCAACUCAACGGCAACCGCGACUCAAUCGGCCAACUACUUCGGGGCUUCUUCGAAUACUACGCUCAAAAUGGCGCGAUGAGCACGUACCCCGGCAGAGGUUACGAUUGGGGUCGCGACGUCCUAAGCAUCCGAACCCCGGGCGGCCUGCUCUCCAAGUCUGAUAAGGGAUGGACGGGCGCCAAAACCGUCAUCGAAUACCGCCCCAACGCCGUUAAUUCUCCUAUCACGGAUAACUCUCCCGCAGCACACCUGUCGCUCAAAUCGGCCUCCGGCCCGGCCACGCCAACAGUCGCCGACACGACAACGCAGGAAGUUGCUUCGCCCGUCAUCGCGAGCAAGUCAACCGCCACGCCAACGUCAGCAGUCCAUAAAACUGGCGAGGUAAAGGAGGUGCGCCACCGCUACCUCUUCGCGAUCGAGGACCCCUUUGAACUCGACCACAACGUCGCUCGUACGGUGACGCACAACGGCAUCGUCUCGAUUCGCGAUGAGUUCCGCCGCGCAUGGCGUAUCAUCAAGGCUGCGGGCUCGGGCAACUUUGGCGAGGAGCUGCUCAAGGACACCGCGGGGGCCAAGGAGGACGACAAGAAUACGUUCAUACAACUGCUGGAUGAGAUCCACGGAUGGGAACUGUUUGAGUGA